AACCGUUCAAGUUCACAAAGCAGCUGAGGUCGAUGACCGUGACCGAGAACAACAAGGUCGUCCUGGAGUGCGAGGUCGACGAGGCUGAAGCUACCGUCGAGUGGUUCGCCUGGCGAGAAGAAGCUCGAGUCCGACUCAGGCGCCAAGAUCAUGAAGGACGGCAGGAAGAGGCAGCUGGUCUUCAAGAGCAUCCAGAUGUCCAAUGCUGGCUUCUACACCUGUAAGACGAACGCUGACGAGACGACGUGCGAAGUCAUCGUUCAGUAUGAAAACAAGUUCAAGAAGAAGCUGCAGGACGUAACCUCGUUCGAGCGCCAGCCCGCCAACUUCGAGUGCGAGCUGGUCGACCCGAACGCCCCGAUCCAGUGGUUCGUGAACGGCAAGGAGGUCGAGAACUCGGAUAUCUUCGAAAUCAAGAAGGACCGCGGAAUCCACAGACUCAUCAUCAAGGAAUGCGCCGGCGAACACGAAGGCGAAGUCAAGGUGGUCUGCGGGUCCCUGGAAUGCUCGUGCCAGCUGAGCGUGGGCGAGGGCGAGAAGCCACCGAGCAUCAAGCCCGAAGAACCCAUCGAAGGCCCCGUCACCAAGCCUCUGGUCUUCGACGUUCCUUACACAGUGCCCGGCGCAAGGAUCUCUAAGGUCGACGCCAAGUUGCUGAAGGGAGGCAAGCCCAUCCCCAUGAAGGAAGUCGAGGUCAACAUUCAGGAUAAGAAGGUCACCUACACCAUCAAGAAGCCCUCUAGGGACCAGUCCGGCAAGUACACCAUCAAGAUGUCCAACAAGGCUGGCGAGAGCAGCAAGGAGGUCAAGAUCAACAUGCAGGACCGCCCGAGCCCGCCCACGGAGAUCGAGGUGUCCGAGGUCUUCAGCACCUCCUGCGUGCUGACCUUCAAGCCCCCCAAGGACGACGGUGGAAUGGCUCUCACCUACUACACGGUGGAGCGUCAGGACUUCUCCGUCAAGGCAUCACAUCCGCAUAUCUGGGAACGAACAGGAGGAUGGGCCCAGGUCACGGAGAUCCCCGCCGACGAGCCCCUCCGCUUCAAGAUGGAGGACCUCGAGAACAAGAAGCAGUACAAGUUCCGAGUCACUGCCAGCAACAAGCUCGGAGCUUCGGAUCCUGCCGUUUACCCGAAGGUCAUCUUGGCGAAGGAUCCUUGGGAUGAACCCGGCAAGAUCAUGCACGUUGAGGUGAAUGACUGGGGUCCCGAGCACGCCGACCUGCGCUGGUCGAAGCCCGAGACCGACGGCGGCUCGCCCAUCACUGGCUACGUCAUCGAGUUCAGGGACCGCUUCAGCGACUGGAGCAAGGGUAUCGAGAUCCAGGGCGACGUGACGGAGGGCACUAUUCCCAACCUGAAGGAGGGUAACCAGUAUGAGUUCCGUGUCAGAGCUGUCAACAAGGCAGGUCCCGGUGAACCCUCCGACCCAACCAAGCCUAUUCAGGCUAAGAACCGCUUCGUGAAGCCCUACGUCAAGAACAAGGAGGAGUUCAAGAACAUCGUGAUCAAGAAGAGCCAGCUGUUCAAGCUGGAUAUCAAGUACGGUGGUGAACCCGAGCCAAAGGCCAUCUGGAAGAAGGACGACAAGGAGGUCAUCCCCGACGAGGAGGAAAGGAUCACCAUCGAGCAGUAUGAGCGCAACACCGUCUUCACUCUGAGGAAGGGCGUCCGCUCCGAUACCGCCAAGUACAAGCUGUGCCUCUCGAACUCCGUCGGCGAGUGCGAGGAAGUGGCUGACGUCGUUGUGCUCGCCAAGCCCAACCGCCCCGAGGGACCACUCUUCCCUGAGGAGAUUCGUGCUGACCACGUCAAGCUCAAGUGGAAGAAGCCCAAGGACGAUGGUGGUCUUCCCAUCGAGGGUUAUGUCAUCGAAAAGAUGGACAUGGACACCGGCACCUGGGUUCCUGCUGGAGAGAUCGGCCCCGAUAAGGAGGAGUUCACAGUGGACGGCCUGACACCAAAGAAGAAGUACAAGUUCCGCGUGAAGGCCGUGAACAAGGAGGGCGAGUCUGAGCCCCUCGAGAACGAUGAGCCCAUCACGGCUCGCAACCCCUACGAUGAGCCAAGCAGGCCCGGCAAGCCCGAGAUCAUCGACUACGACAACAAGUCGGUGCAGCUCCGGUGGACUCCCCCCGAGAAGGACGGCGGCCGCCCCAUCACCCACUACCACGUGGAGAUGAAGGACAAGCUCUCCGUGGAAUGGAAGGAGGUUCUGCAGACGCCGGACACCAAGUGCGAGUGCACGGUGCCAGACCUGAAGGAAGGCACCAUCUACAGCUUCCGUGUCCGUGCUGCUAACAAGGCUGGUGUCGGUGAGGCCUCCGAGCCCACCGAGAACCACCUGUGCAAACACAAGAACCUGAAGCCGCGCAUCGACCGCACCAACUUCAAGUCGGUGACCAUCAAGGUGGGCCGCAGCCACAAGUGGGCGGUGGACUACAUCGGUGAGCCUGAGCCGGAGGUGGAAUGGAUCUACAAGGACACCGUCCUGUCCAACAGCGACAAGAUCCAUAUCGAGAACACCGACCAUCACACCGAGUUCUCCAUCUCCAAUGCCCAGAGGAAGGAUGCCGGUCUCUACACCCUCAAGAUCGAGAACCGCAACGGCAAGGACCAGGAGACGGUCGAGCUCGUUGUUCUCGGUCGCCCCACCAAGCCCAAGGGUCCGCUGGACGUGUCCAACGUGCACGACACCGGCUGCCGCCUGAAGUGGGAGAAGCCUGAGGAUGACGGAGGAAUGCCGAUCAAGGAGUACGAGAUCGAGAAGAUGGAUCUGGCUACUGGCAAGUGGGUCAGAUGCGGCAAGUGCCCCGGAGCCACCGCGCCGCCGCACUUCAACGUCGAGGGCCUCGAGCCCGGCCACCAGUACAAGUUCCGCGUCACCGCCGUCAACGACGAAGGCGACUCCGAGCCCCUGGAGGCCGACCAGGCUAUCCUCGCCAAGAAUCCUUACGAUGUUCCCUCGGCUCCUGGACGCCCCGAGAUCACGGACUACGACAACAAGUCCGUCGACCUCAAGUGGACCGUGCCAGAAUCCGACGGCGGCGCACCCAUCAUCAAGUACAUCGUACAGAAGAAGGAUAAGUUCAUGCCCGACUGGGAGGCAGCUGCUGAGGUGAAGAUGGACGUGUGUCAGCCCCUCAAGCCUGGCAUGCCCGUCGAGACCAAGGUGGGCGGCCUCAAGUACCGCGCGGAGUACCAGUUCAGGGUCAUUGCUGUCAACAAGGCUGGCAAUUCCCCCGAGUCUGAGCCAACGGAUCACCAUCUGGUCAAGCACAAGGCCCUGAAGCCACGCAUUGACCGCACCAACCUGAAGCAGACCACCACCAAGGCCACUCGCAAUGUCAAGUUCGACGUUAACAUCGAGGGUGAGCCUGUCCCCACCGUCAAAUGGUACUACGAGGGCAAGGAGAUCACGGACCAGAACAUCGAGAUCGUGAACGUGGACUACAACAGCAAGUUCAGCAUGGUGGACGCCAAGAGGAAGCAGACCGGAAUGUACAAGAUCGUUGCCGAGAACAUUCACGGCAAAGACGAGGUCGAAGUCGAGAUCGUCAUCUUGUCUGGUCCUGGAAAACCCAAGGGUCCACUCAAGGUCUCGGAUGUGACCAAGAAGGGCUGCAAGCUCAAGUGGGACAAACCCGACGACGACGGUGGCAAGCCCAUCCAGGAAUACCUGGUUGAGAAGCAGGACCCCAACACUGGUCGUUGGGUCCCCGUCGGACGCACAAAGGACAUGGAGAUGGACGUGCCCGGCCUGCAGGAAGGCAAGGAAUACAUGUUCCGCGUGAAGGCCGUCAACGACGAAGGCGAGUCCGAGCCCCUGGAGACCGACCACGCCAUCCUUGCCAAGGACCCCUAUGGUCCCCCUGGCAAACCCGGCAUCCCUGACAUCGUGGACUGGGACGUGGAUCGCGUCGACCUCAAGUGGGAGGCUCCCAAGGACACUGGUGGCGCCCCCAUCACCAAGUACAUCAUCGAGAAGAAGGAGAAGUAUGGAACUUGGGAAACCAUUCAUGAGUCGGAGGGUCCGAAGACCGAGUGCCGUGUCCCUGGCCUGACCGAGGGCAAGACCUACCAGUUCCGAGUCACAGCUGUUAACAAGGCUGGUCCUGGCGAACCGUCCGAUCCUACCAAGCCUCACCUUGCUAAGGCCAGAUUCCUGAAGCCUGUCAUCAACCGUGAGAAGUGCAAGAGGAUCGUGGUCCGCGCCAGCCAGAAGGUGUUCCUCGAGGUCGACGUCAAGGGUGAACCUCCUCCGGAGAUCUGGUGGACACUUAACAAGAAGAAGGUAGAGACUGGCGCGAACUACAUCGUGCAGUCUGAGGACUACCUCACCAAGAUCACCAUCAAUGACGCCGAGAGGAAGCACACCGGCAAGUACCACAUCCACGCCAAGAACGACUCUGGUUCUGACGAGGUGGAGGUCGAGAUUGUCGUGCUGGAUCGCCCUUCAAGGCCUGAAGGCCCGCUGGAAAUCUCGGAUGUACACAAGGAAGGAUGCAAGCUUAAGUGGAAGCCUCCUAAGGACGACGGCGGCCUGCCCAUUGACGGCUACGUCGUCGAGAAGAUGGACGUGACCACAGGCCGAUGGAUGCCGUGCGCGCGUGUGGACGGCGACACCACGGACGCCGAGGUGACCGGCCUGGAGCCCGGCAAGAAGUACGAGUUCCGCGUGCGCGCCCACAACGAGGAGGGCGACUCCGACCCCCUGGACGGCGACCGCGCUAUCAUCGCCAAGGAUCCCUUCGACAAGCCAGGACCUCCCGGCCUGCCGGAGAUCGUCGACUUUGACGAGAACAGCGUAAAGCUGAAGUGGGAUCCUCCCAUCAGGGACGGCGGCGCUGAGAUCACCGGCUACAUCCUGGAGAUGAAGCCUAAGGACUCAGACCACUUCGUGGAGUGCGGCAAGAUCCAGGGCAACGUGUGCACGGGCCCCAUCAAGGGACUCACGGAGGGCGAGAAGUACGAGUUCCGCGUCAAGGCCGUCAACAAGGCCGGCGCCGGCGAGCCCUCGGACUCCACCCUCCCGCACACCGCCCGCGCUCGCUUCCGCAAGCCGCGCAUCGACCGCACCAACGUGAAGGACGUCGUGAUCAAGACGGGUCAGCAGUACCUGUACGACAUCGACGUCAGCGGCGAACCCAAGCCCACCAACGUCUGGACCUUCAACAACAAGCCCUUGCAUUCUUUCCCCGAACAGGAGGUGCUGACGAAGGACACGAUGCGCGUGGACUCGACGGGCAACAACACCAAGCUGGUCAUCAUGAAGGCGCAGAGGAGCAUGAACGGCAAGUACAUUCUCACCGCCAAGAACAAGCACGGCGAAGACUCCGUCGAGAUCAAUCUCACAGUCCUCGGACCGCCAAGCAAGCCCAUGGGCCCCCUGGAGGUCACCGACGUCAAGGCCAACGGCUGCAAGCUCAAGUGGAAGAAGCCGGAGGAUGACGGCGGCAUGCCCAUCGACCAUUACGAGAUCGAGAAGCUCGACCCGCUCACCGGCCAAUGGAUGCCGUGCGGUGAGUCCAAGGUGCCCGAGUACGACGUCACGGGGCUCCAGGAAGGAAAGAAGUACAAGUUCCGCGUGAAGGCCGUCAACGCCGAGGGCGAGUCCGAGCCUCUGGAGGCUGACCAGGCCAUCAUCGCCAAGAAUCCCUUUGAUCCUCCAAGCAAGCCCGGCAAGCCCAAGGCAACCAACUGGGAUCGUGACUUCGUGGAGCUGGAGUGGACGAAGCCCAAGUCCGACGGCGGCGCCGACAUCACCAAGUACACCAUCGAGAAGCGUGAUGUGUCCGGCCGCGGCUGGACCGAGUGCGGCAGCGGCCCCGGCGACCGCCUCAAGAUCAAGAUCAUCGACGUGGAGCCCGACCACGAGUACCAGUUCCGCGUCAUCGCCCACAACAAGGCCGGUCCCUCCGAGCCCUCCGACCCCUCGGACAACGUCAUCUGCAAGCCCAGAUUCCUGGCGCCCCGCAUCGACCGCAAGUCCCUGGGCCGCAAGACGAUCCGCUCGGGGAUAACCUUCAAGAACGAGACGACCGUGACCGGCGAGCCCGACCCCACCAUCAAGUGGUCGUUCAAGGGCGAGCCCAUCAAGAACGACCGGCUGACCAUCCAGAGCGAGGAGCAUCUGACCACCAUGAUCCUGAGGAAGGCCAAGCGCUCCGACACAGGCAUCUACACCAUCUUUGCCAAGAACGACUCGGGCACCGACGAGGCUGAGCUCGACCUGAUCGUCAUCGGGCGUCCGGGUAAGCCCAAGGGCCCGCUGAAGGUGUCCGACGUGACCGCUGAAUCCGUGAAGCUCAAGUGGGAGCCUCCGGAGGACGACGGCGGCGAGCCCAUCGACCAUUACGUGGUGGAGCGCAUGGACACCGAGACGGGCCGCUGGGUGCCGGUCACCGAGUCCAAGAGCCCCGAGGCUGAGGUUCCCGGGCUGACUGAGGGCAAGGAGUACCAGUUCAGGGUCAGGGCCGUCAACUCCGAGGGCGAGUCCGAGCCCCUCGAGACCGAGACGCCCACCAAGGCCAAGAAUCCCUUCGAUCCUCCCAGCAAGCCCGGCAAGCCCGAGGUGAAGGACUACGACCGGACAUGGUGCGAGCUCAAGUGGAAGGUCCCCGACAGCGACGGCGGCGCUCCCAUCACCCACUACAUCAUCGAGAGGAAGGACAAGUUCUCCUCCAAGUGGGUCAAGCACUGCGACACCAAGAGCAGCAAGACUGAGUUCAAGGUGGAAGACCUCACCGAGGGCCAGACCUACCAGUUCCGCGUCAAGGCUGUCAACAAGGCCGGCCAGAGCAAGCCUUCAGAUCCUUCUGAUAACUUUACUGCUAAGGCCAAGUUCCUUGCCCCCGUGAUCGACCGCUCCAACCUGGACGACAUCCGCGUGCGCGCCGGCCAGAUGAUUAAGUUCGACGCCCGCGUGACCGGCGAGCCCGUCCCAAAGAAGUCGUGGUUCAUCAACAAGGCCCGCCAGGAGGGCGACAAGGACGGCAUCAAGAUCGACGAGGAGGACCACCGCACCAAGCUGGUCAUCCCGUCUUGCACUCGCGCCCACAACGGUACCUUCGUCAUCAAGGCUGAGAACACGGCCGGCAAGGACGAGGUCACCAUUGAAGUCAUCGUUCUUGAUAAGCCCGGCAAGCCAGAGGGACCACUCAAGGUGUCCGACGUCCACAAGGAGGGAUGCACACUCAGGUGGAAGGAACCUCUGGACGACGGUGGCGCCCCCAUUGAGCAGUACAUCGUAGAGAAGCUGGACACCGAGACCGGCCGCUGGGUCCCAGCAGGCAGGUCCCGCGAGCCCAACAUGGUGGUUGAAAACCUGGAGCCGAACCACGAGUACAAGUUCCGUGUGUCGGCCAUCAACAGCGAGGGCGAGUCCGAGCCUCUGGAGGGCCUGGACACCAUCAUCGCCAAGAACCCCUUCGAUCCCCCAGAUCCCCCAGGCAAGCCUGAGCCAACCGACUGGGACAAGGACUUCGUCGAGCUCAAGUGGACCAAGCCGGCCAAGGACAAUGGUGCCCCCAUCACGGGCUACAUUAUCGAGAAGCGCGACGAGGCUUCCGGCAAGUGGAUCAAGGCGGCCGAGGUCAGGGGUCAGGAGCCUAAGGGCCGUGUCAACAACCUGGACGAGGGCGAGACCUACGAGUUCCGCGUCCGGGCCGUGAAUGAGGCUGGCCCUUCAGAUCCAUCUGAGCCUAGCAAGCCCGUUACUUGCAAGCCCAGAAAGUUGGCUCCUAAGAUCGACCGUCGCAACCUCCGCGACCUAACCGUCCGCGAGGGAGAGCCCAUCCUCAUCGACGUGAAGGUGAUUGGUGAGCCUGUUCCUGAGACCGAAUGGUUCCUUGGCAAGAAGUCCGUCAAGGAGACCAACACCAUCUCCAUCAAGAACGUUCCUUACAACACCAAAUACAUCAACGAUGAGCCUCUCCGCAAGCACUCUGGCGUGUACAAGAUCGUGGCCACUAACCAGCACGGCCGCGAUGAGGCCGAAAUCAGCAUCACCGUUAUCUCCAAGCCUGGCAAGCCCGAAGGACCUCUUGAGGUGUCCGGCAUCCACAAGGAAGGAUGCAAGCUCAACUGGAAGCCACCCAAGGACGACGGCGGCGUGCCUGUCGAGGGCUACAUCGUCGAAAAGUUCGACCCCGACAUGGGCUUGUGGCUGCCAGUGGGCAAGUCCAGCAACCCUGAGAUGGAGGUGACUGACCUCACUCCCGGGCACGAGUACGAGUUCCGCGUGAAGGCCUUCAACAAGGAGGGCGAAUCCGAACCGCUGGUGACGCUCUCGCCCAUCACGGCCAAGGACCCUUUCACUGUUCCUGGCAGGCCCGGAGCUCCUCAGGCCACGGACUGGGACGCCACGCGCAUCGACCUCAAGUGGAGCGAACCCAUUGAUGAUGGCGGCUCUCCCAUCACUCACUACAUUGUUGAGAAGAGGGAUAAGUACACCAACCUGUGGGAGAAGGCUGGUGAGUCCGACGGCCCCGAAUGCAAGGCCUCUAUCACCAACCUGACGGAAGGCAUGGAGUACCAGUUCCGCGCCAUUGCCGUCAACCGCGCCGGACCCGGAGAGCCUGGCGACCCGAGCAAGACCAUCACUGCCAAGGCCAGAUUCGUUCCUCCGAGGAUCGACCGCAAGAACCUGCGCGACAUCACUGUGUCCGCGGGCUCCAUGAUCAAGUAUGAUUGCGACAUCUCCGGCGAGCCUCCUCCGUCCGUCACCUGGACCUUCGACAACCGCAAGCUGGACUCCAACCGCCACGUCAACAUCACCAAUGUGGACUACAACUCCAAGCUGGUGAUCCGUGAGGCGGUGCGCGAUGACACCGGCGAGUACACCAUCCAGGCCACCAACAGCUCCGGCAAGGACCAGGUGACCGUGCGCGUGACUGUCACCGACAAGCCCAUGCCGCCCGAGGGCCCCGUCCAGGUGUCCGACGUCCGUGGCACCGGAUGCAAGCUCAAGUGGAAGCGCCCCAAGGACGACGGCGGAAGCCCCAUCGAGUACUACCAGGUGGAGAAGCUGGAUCCCAACACUGGGCUCUGGGUUCCUGCCGGGCGCUCGAACGGCCCCGAGCCCAGCGCCGAGCUUAACAACCUCACCCCUGGAACUGAGUACCAGUUCAGGGUCCGCGCCGUCAACGCCGAGGGCGAGUCUGAGCCCCUGAAGGCCGACGAACCUGUCCUCGCCAAGGAUCCUUAUGAGGAGCCAGGCGCGCCCGAGAACCUGAAGGUGGCCGACUACGACCAGAACAAGGUCGACCUCAAGUGGGAGCCCCCGAAGAGCGACGGCGGCGCGCCCAUCCAGAAGUACAUCAUCGAGAAGAAGGACAAAUACGGCGGCUGGGACAAGGCGUGCGAGGUGCCCGCCAGCAGGACCAGCUGCUCCGUGCCCGACCUGAUCGAGGGCGAGACGUACGAGUUCCGCGUGCGCGCCGUCAACCCCGCCGGGCCUGGCCUGCCGUCCAACACCACGCCGCCCGUCACCGUCAAGCCGAGGAACAUGCCGCCCAAGAUCGACCGCACCAACCUGAACCCGGUGCGCAUCAAGGCCGGCCAGAGCUUCAACUUCGACGUGAACAUCUCUGGCGAGCCCGUGCCCGACAAAAAGUGGCAGCUCAAGAAGAAGGACAUCAAGCCCAGCGGCGCCAUCCUCAUCAAGUACAGCGACUACAACACCAAGCUGCGCGCGACGGGCGCCUCGCGCGAGGAGAGCGGCACCUACACCAUCAUGGCCGAGAACUGCAACGGCAAGGACAGCGCCGACGUCGAAGUCAUUGUCCUCGACAAGCCCGGCGCGCCCAUGGGUCCGCUCAGGGUGUCCGAGGUGUAUGCCGAGGGCUGCAAGCUCACCUGGAACCCUCCUGCCGACGACGGAGGCUGCCCCAUCGACCACUACGUGGUCGAGAAGAUGGACGAAGCCACCGGACGCUGGAUGCCCGCCGGCGAGACUGACGGCAAGGAGACCAACUUCGAUGUCGAGGACCUGACACCCGGCCAUAGGUACAAGUUCAGGGUCAAGGCUGUCAACCGUUUGGGAACCUCCGAUCCUCUCACCACUCAGCAGGCUAUCGAAGCCAAGAAUCCAUUCGAUCCACCGAGCGCACCCAAGGAUCUCAAGAUCGUGGACUUCGACUGCGACUUCGUGGACCUCGAAUGGAAAAAGCCCGAAACCGACGGAGGUUCUCCCAUCUCCAGCUAUAUCAUCGAGAAGAGGGACCGUUACAACCCACUGUGGGACAAGUGCGCCACCGUGGAAGGCGAUGCGUGCCGCGCCCACGUGCCCGGCCUGAUGGAGGGCAACGUGUACGAGUUCCGCGUCAUAGCUGUGAACAAGGCAGGCCCCGGAGAUCCCUCCGAGCCCACCAAACCCCACGUUGCUCGGCCUAAGAAUCUUCCUCCUCGCAUUGACCGCAAUGCCAUGGUGGAUGUGAAGAUCAAGGCAGGUGAGAACCUGAACUUGCACGUGCCGGUGGUCGGCGAGCCUCCCGCGACCAAGCAAUGGCGGGUCAAGGACAGCGACCUCUACCCCAACGACCGCCUCUCCAUUAUCAACGAUGACUAUGCAACCACCAUCAAGAUCAUCGACUGCAAGCGCUCCGACACGGGCGCGUUCACCCUCAACGCCCGCAACAAGAACGGCGAGGACAGCUGCACCGUCAACAUCACCGUGCUGGACGUCCCCGGCAUUCCCGAGGGCCCCAUUAAGUACAGCAACGUCAAUCGCAACGGCUGCACUCUCACCUGGAAGCCGCCCAAGGACGACGGCGGCUCCGAGAUCCUGCACUACGCCGUCGAGAAGAUGGACCUGGACACUUGCCGCUGGGUGCCCUGCGGCGAUGUCAAGGGCACGAGCCUGCAGGUAGACAACCUCAUCGAGGGCCACGAGUACAAGUUCCGCGUGGCGGCCGUCAACCGCCAGGGCGACGGUCCUCCCCUCACAGCCCUGGACACCGUCGUCGCCAAGGACCCCUACACCAAGCCCGGCAAACCCGGCACUCCCGAGAUCAUGGAUUGGGACAAGGACCGCGUCGACCUCCAAUGGACCGACCCCCGCUCCGACGGAGGGGCCCCCAUCACCGACUACAUCAUCGAGAAGAGGAAGCGCUACGGCCCUUGGGAGAAGGCGGCCGAGAUUCCCGCCAAGCACGGCCCCAAGGCUUCCAUUCCCGACCUCACCGAGGGCGAGGAAUACCAGUUCCGCGUCAUCGCCGUCAACAAGGCCGGCAACUCCGACCCCUCGGACGCCUCCCAGCCCGUGGUAUGCAAGGCCCGCUUCGAAAAGCCCGCCAUCGAUACCAAGGACCUGGGCGACUUGAUCCUCAAGGUUAACACUCGCCUUAACUACACAGUGCCCAUCCGCGGCGCCCCCAGGCCCAAGGUGUCCUGGAGCGUCGACGGAAAGGUUCUGGAAGAGUCCGAGCGCGUCGACAUGCAGACCUAUGGCAAGCAGACCAUCCUGGACAUUGCCUUUGCUCAGCGCACAGACAGCGGUCGCUACACCCUGACCCUGGAGAACGAACUGGGCAAGGUGUCCGCCUCGGGCACCGUCAUCGUGCUCGACAAGCCUGCUCGUCCCGAGGGCCCUCUGAUUGUGUCCGAUGUGACCCGAGAGAGCUGCAAGGUCUCAUUCAAGACCCCACUCGACGACGGCGGCUCGCCCAUCCUCCACUACCUGGUGGAGAAGAUGGACGUGUCUCGAGGCACCUGGACGGAGGCUGCCGAGGUGUCUGGCCUUCAGGCUGAUGUCCACGGCCUCGUGCACAUGAAGGAGUACCACUUCCGCGUCAAGGCUGUCAAUACCAUUGGCGAGUCUGAGCCUCUUUGCACUGACAAGAGCAUCAUUGCAAAGAAUGCUCAAGACGAGCCCAACCCGCCCGGCCGCCCCAACGUGGUUGACUGGGACAGGGACCACGUCGACCUGGAAUGGACUCCGCCCAGCAACGACGGCGGCGCUCCCAUCACCGGAUAUAUCAUUCAGAAGAAGGAGCGCGGAUCGCCUUACUGGCAGACGGCAGCGCGCCUGAGUGGCCCAGAGACCAAGGGCACCGUGCCCAACCUGAUGGAGGGACAGGAAUACGAAUUCCGUAUCAUCGCCGUCAACAAGGUCGGCAACUCUGAGCCCUCUGAGCCUUCAGAUUCCGUCAUCUGCAAGCCUAGGCAUCUGGCGCCCAAGAUCCUCGGCCCGCUCUACGACGUGCGCAUCAAGGCCGGCCAGGUCCUCCACAUCGACGUGGACUACAUCGGCGAGCCUUCGCCCGACGUCUUCUGGUUCAAUGAUGACAGGGAAAUCAACUCCGACAUCAGGACGACCAUCACUGCCAUCAACAACCACAGCGUCCUGCACUCCGUCAACACCGUCCGGGCGGACUCCGGCGAGUACCGUAUCCGUGUCAAGAACGAGAGCGGACAGGACGAAGCCACCAUCAAUGUGGUCGUCAUGGACACGCCAGGACCUCCCGAAGGACCCCUGGUGUACGAGGAAGUCCAGGCCAACAGCGUCGUCAUGUCAUGGAAGCCACCUCUUGACAAUGGCGGCAGCCCUAUCACUGGCUAUGUGAUCGAGAAGCGCGACCUCGACCACGGCGGCGGCUGGGUCCCUGCCGUGAGCUGGGUUGACCCCAAGAACACCCACGCCACCGUGCCGCGCCUCCUGGAGGGCACCACCUACGAGUUCCGUGUCAUGGCGGAGAACAUGCAGGGCCGCGGCGAGCCUCUGGCAAGCGACAAGCCUGUCACCGCCAAGGCUUCUGCUGACGUUCCUGGCCGUCCCGGACGCCCCAACUGCGUGGACUCCGACAAGGACUUCAUCAAGAUCAGCUGGACUCCUCCUCGCUCCACCGGUGGCUCCCCCAUCACCGGCUACGACGUCGAGCGUUGCAGCAUCCACGCCGGCCGCUGGAAGAAGGUCAGCCGCGACAACGUGCGUGGAACGGAAUUCACCGACGAGACGGUCAACGAGGGCGAGCAGUACCAGUACCGCGUCAUCGCCAACAACAAAAUGGGAGCGUCCAUGCCGUCCGAGCCCUCGCACCCCAUCGCCGCCAAGCCCAUGCGCGAGGCGCCCAAGCUGUACUUGGACGGCCUGCUGGGCAAGAAGCUCAAGGUGCGCGCCGGCGAGCCCAUCGACAUCAAGAUCCCGAUGUCGGGCGCCCCGCAGCCCUCUUGCGAAUGGGCCAAGAACAAGAAGAAGAUCGAGCCCAGCAAGAGGACCACGCUGGAGACCACGAACGACUACUGCCGUCUGUUCGUGGACAAGUCCCGACGCGAGGACUCCGGCCCUUACACCAUCACGGCCGAAAACGCCUAUGGCAAGGACUCGGCCGACAUCGAGGUCAUCGUCGUGGACAAGCCCAGCCCUCCCAUCGGGCCACUCACGCCCACGGAGAUCACCGCCCACACCGUGUCCCUCACGUGGAAGCCCCCGCAGGAUAACGGUGGCUCCGAGGUCACCGGCUACGUCAUUGAGAAGACCGAAGCCAACUACAACAUGUGGAAGGUCGUGCCCGGGUACUGUCCCAAGUGCAACUUCACGGUCAAGGGCCUGGAGGAGGGCAAGAAGUACCGCUUCCGCGUCCGCGCCGAGAACAUGUACGGCGUGUCGGAGCCUCUGGAGGGCAAGCCGGUGGAGGCCAAGAACCCCUUCGACCCGCCGGAUGCGCCCGAGCGCCCCGACAUCCUCGGCUACAGCCCGUCCACCUGCACCCUCGAAUGGAAGCCGCCCGCGGACAACGGAGGACGUCCCGUUACCGGCUACAUCAUCGAGAAGCGCGAGCGCGGUGGCGAAUGGAUAAGGGUGAACCACUACCCGACGCCCAACACGGAGUACACCGUGCAGGGCCUGACGGAGGGAAGCCGCUACGACUUCCGCAUCAUUGCCGUCAACGAGGCCGGCCCCGGCAAGCCCAGCAAGCCUUCCAACUCCAUCGUGGCGAAGGUCCAGAAGUACCUGCCCGGGCCGCCCGACGCGCCCAAGCCGGACCGCAUCGGCCGCAACUGCGUGACCCUGUCGUGGCGUCCGCCCAGCCAGGACGGCGGCUCCAAGAUCAGGGGCUACCUGCUCGAGUACAAGAAGAAGGACGAGGAGGAAUGGACUCAGGACAACAACCUGCCUCACCCCGACACCAACUAUACUGUGCUCAACCUGACGGAGCUGCAGGAGUACGUGUUCCGCGUGAUCGCCGUCAACGAGGUGGGUAACUCGGCCCCGUCGCGCCCGUCCGCGCCCAUCAAGAUCGAGGAGCAGGCCAACAAGCCUCGCAUCGACCUCAGCGGCAUCCGUGACAUCACCGUUCGCGCCGGCGAGGACUUCUCCAUCCACGUCCCGUACACCGGCUUCCCGAAACCGACGUCCAUCUGGUACCACGACGACGAUGAGAUGAACAUCGAAGGCGACACGCGCAUCCACGAGAAGCUCACCGACGACUAUUGCGCCAUGAUUGUCACGAACUCGAAGCGCACGGACAGCGGGCCGUACAAGCUCCGCCUCCAGAACCCGUCCGGAUUCGACUCCGUGAACGUGAACGUGCGCGUCCUGGACCGGCCCGCGCCGCCCGAGAACCUUCGCGCCGACGAGUUCAACGGCGACGCCCUCACCCUCUUCUGGAAUCCUCCCAAGGACAACGGCGGAGGAGAGAUCACCAACUACGUGGUGGAGAAGCGCGAGGGCCGCGGCAACUGGGUGAAGGUCAGCAGCUACGUGACGGCGCCCUUCCUCCGCAUCCGCAAUCUCACGGUCAACCAGGACUACGAGUUCCGUGUGAUGGCUGAGAACCAGUACGGCACCUCCGACCCCUGCACGUCGCCGACGCCCAUCAAGGCCAGGCAUCCAUUCGAUCCCCCGGGCGCCCCAGGAGCUCCUCGCGGCCUGGAGUCCACCGAGGACUCGAUCACCAUCAGCUGGAUCAAGCCCCGCCACGACGGCGGCGCCUACAUCCAGGGCUACAACGUGGAGAAGCGCGUCGUGGGCGAGAGCUUCUGGAGCAAGGCCAACCACGCCCUCAUCAAGGACACCACGUACCGCGUGAUCAACCUCAUCGAGCACCAGGAGUAUGAGUUCCGCGCCGCCGCCGUCAACGCCGCCGGCCAAGGCCCCUGGAGCGACCCCAGCGAGAACAUCAAGUGCAUCAGCUUCCGUGCUCCUAAGAUCACAUCUGACCUCAGCAUCCGUGACAUGACCGUGAUUGCCGGCGAGGAGUUCACGAUCACCGUGCCGUUCAUCGCCUCGCCGCAGCCCAAGGUGCAGUGGUGGAUCGGACCCAACGAAGUCAUUCCCGACGAGAGGGUCCACUUCCAGAUGGACACAGGUUCCUCCUCCACUAUCUUUGUCAACAAGAGUGCCAAGCGCUCUGACAUUGGCAAGUAUACUGUGAAGCUGACCAACACCGAGGGCGCUGACUCCGGCUCCUGCAAGGUCAACGUGGUGGACAGGCCAUCGCCUCCUCAGGGUCCUCUCGAGGUCUCGGACAUCACGCCGGACACCUGCUCCCUGGCUUGGCGUCCUCCGAUGGACGACGGCGGCUCGCCCGUCACCAACUACCAGGUGGAGCGCCUCGACCCGCACUCGGGCAUUUGGGUCAAGGUCUCGGCCUUCGUCCGCAACUGCCAUUACGACGUGAUGGGACUGGAACCGAACAGGCAGUACAUGUUCCGCAUCCGCGCGGAGAACCAGUACGGCCUCUCCGAUCCCUUGGAGACCACGGACCCCAUCACGGCCAAGUUCCCCUUCACUGUGCCGGAUCCUCCUGGCCGCCCCAACAUUCUGGAUCACGAUGUCAACUCUGCUGUCCUGACCUGGGAUCGCCCGACCUCCGACGGCGGCGCCAAGAUCCAGGGCUACAAGGUGGAGUACCGCGAUGUCACAGACACCAACUGGUCCGCAGCCAACGACUUCCUGGUUAAGGAGAACACUUACACUGUGCACUCUCUCUUGGUCAACCACGAGUACGAGUUCCGCGUGAAGGCCAUGAAUGCCGCAGGAUACAGCAAGUACUCGCCGCCAAGCAAGAAGAUCAAGAUGAAGGGUAAGUACUCCGUCCCGUCGCCACCAGGCACUCCUGUGGUCACCAAGAUCGGCAAGAACUACGUGGAUCUCACCUGGACCGUACCGCAGAGCGACGGUGGAUCGCGCAUCACUGGCUACAUGAUCGAGAAGCGUGAGAUUGGUAGCAUCUGGAUGAAGUGCAAUGACUACAAUGUGGUCGACACUCAGUACACCGUCACCAACCUCACCGAAGGCAGCGACGUCGAAUUCCGCGUCUACGCCAUCAACGCUGCAGGCAAGUCUGACCCGUCACAGAGUGGCCCGCCCGUCAAGAUCCGCGAGGCAGCUCCCGGAGAGAAGCCGUUCUUCAUCAAGAACCUGCACAACACCGCCGUCGCCCUGCACAAGUCCAUCACCCUGGAGUGCGAGGCCGAGGGCAAGCCGACGCCAAAGGCUCGCUGGCUGAGGAACGGUCGCGAGGUCACCCUCGGAGGCCGCAUCAGCGCCGAGGACAAGGACGGAAAGUUCAGACUCAUCAUCUCCGACAUGUGGGAGGUCGAUGAGGGCGACUACGCCUGCGUGGCCGCCAACGACGCCGGUCAAGCCACCACCAUCGCCCACGUCAAGAUCGGCAACCCGCCGCGCAUUACGCAGAUGCACGAUUCCCUGUACCUGCCUGAGGGAGACAACACCAAGAUCAAGAUCUACUUCAGCGGAGAUCUGCCUCUCGAUGUCAGUCUUACCCACAACGGCGAGCCCAUGCAGGAAUCGCAGCGCCUCAAAUUCACUGUCUUUGAUGAAUUCAUCAUCAUCUUCAUCAGAGAAGUUGUUAAGGAGGAUGCUGGUCAGUACACACUCACAGUUAAGAAUGACUCUGGCAUUGUUCAGGGCAACUUCACCGUGUACAUCACUGGCGUACCUGGCGCUCCAUCUGCUCCUCUGGACGUCACUGACAUCAGCCGCCACAUGUGCAGCCUGUCAUGGCGCCCACCAGUCUACGACGGCGGCCUGCCCAUCACACACUACGUGGUUGAGCGCAAGGACAUCACAUACAACAACUGGAUCACGAUCAACUCCUUCUGCAGAGAGUGCGCCUUCACCGUGCAGGGUCUCACUGAGGGCCAGGAGUACCUGUUCCGCGUCAUGGCCGUCAACGAGAACGGCAUGGGCCCGCCCCUGACGGGCGUCAAUCCCAUCAAGGCCAAGGCGCCCUACGACCCGCCCUCGCCUCCCGGCACGCCCAACGUCACCGAGGUGGGCGGCGAUUUCGUGCACCUGGAAUGGGACAAGCCCGAGCACGACGGCGGCUCCCGCAUCAAGGGCUACUGGAUCGAGAAGCGCGAGGUUGGCUCCAACAUCUGGACGAUGGUCAACCAGUACAUCUGCCCCGCCACGCAGGUUAAUGUGUCCAACCUCAUCGAGGACAGGCAGUACGAGUUCCGCGUCUUCGCCGAGAACGAGGCCGGCAUGUCCGAGCCCUCCGUUUGCUCCACCUCCGUCAGGAUCAAGGAUCCCAACGCGGCCACUCCACCUGUCAUCGUUACUCCUCUGCGCUCUGUCAUGGCUCUGCAGCACAGGAGCGCCACGCUCACCUGCCAGAUCCAGGGCAAGCCAAAGCCAACUAUCUCCUGGUUCAAGGGCAUGCGAGAGCUGUGCAACAGCGCUAAGUAUGCCAUGACCCGCGACGGCGACAGCUACUCCCUGACCGUGCACGACGUGUACGGCGAGGACGAGGACGAGUACAUGUGCCGCGCCCAGAACGUCGGUGGCAUCAGGAGCACCAAGGCUGAAGUCACCAUCAAACUGGCGCCCAAGAUCAACGUGCCGCCCAGGUUCCGCGACACCGCCUUCUUCGACAAGGGCGAGAACGCCGUCAUCAAGAUUCCUUUCAUCGGCAACCCGCGGCCGAGGAUCACAUGGCAGCGCGAGGGCGAGACCAUCGAGUCUGGCGGCCACUACGCCGUCGACACGCAGCAGCGCCACGCCAUCCUCACCAUGCGCGACGUCAACCACCUGGACACCGGCAGCUACCGCCUCACCGCAGAGAACGAGCUCGGCUCCGACUCCGUCAUCAUCAAGAUCCAGAUCUCCGACCGCCCCGACCCGCCGCGCAUGCCCAAGGUGGAGAGCGUGCUGGGCACCGAGUGCGUGAUCAGCUGGCAGAUCCCGCUGUGGGACGGCGGCGCCAACAUCAACAACUACAUCAUCGAGAAGCGCGAGCUGCCCAUGGAGUCGUGGAUCAAGUGCGCCAACACGCGCCUCACCACGGCCCAGAUCAAGGGCCUGAGCCCCGGCCACAAGUACCAGUUCCGCAUCUACGCCGAGAACGUGUACGGCCGCUCCGACCCGUCCGCCGUCACCAGCAUCGUGGAGACGCCCGCGCCUGUGUCCAAGAAGCCCAAGAAGAAGCAGUACGAGCUCGACGAGACCGGCAAGAAGAUCCGCGGCAGGAAGGAAGUCGUCGACGACUACGACAAGUUCGUGUUCGACGUGUACUCCAAGUACAUCCCUCAGCCCGUGGACAUCAAGCACGACUCCGUCUACGAGUACUACGACAUCCUGGAGGAGAUCGGCACCGGCGCGUUCGGCGUAGUCCACAGGUGCCGCGAGCGCAAGACCGGAAACAUCUUCGCGGCCAAGUUCAUCCCCGUCGCCUCGGCCAUGGAGAAGGAGCUCAUCCGAAAGGAGAUCGACAUCAUGAACCACCUCCACCACCACAAGCUCAUCAACCUCCACGACGCUUUCGAGGACGAUGACGAGAUGGUCCUCAUCUUCGAGUUCCUGUCUGGAGGCGAGCUGUUCGAGCGCAUCACCGCCGAGGGUUACGUCAUGUCCGAAGCCGAGGUCAUCAACUACAUGCGCCAGAUCUGCGAAGGCGUCAAGCACAUGCACGAGAAGAACAUCAUCCAUCUUGACGUCAAGCCGGAGAACAUCAUGUGCCAGACCAGGACGUCGACCAACGUCAAGCUGAUCGACUUCGGCCUGGCCACCAAGCUGGACCCCAACGAGGUCGUCAAGAUCUCGACGGGCACGGCGGAGUUCGCGGCGCCUGAGAUCGUGGAGCGCGAGCCCGUCGGCUUCUACACCGACAUGUGGGCCGUCGGCGUCCUCGCCUACGUGCUCCUCAGCGGCCUCUCGCCCUUCGCCGGAGAGAACGACAUCGAGACCCUCAAGAACGUCAAGGCCUGCGACUGGGACUUCGACGAGGAGGCCUUCGCCAACGUGUCCAACGAGGCCAAGGACUUCAUCCGCCGUCUCCUCGUCAAGAACAAGGAGAAGCGCUUGACCGCCCACGAGUGUCUAAUGCACGCCUGGUUGCGCGGAGACUACUCACCCCGCCUCGAGCCCAUCGAUAUGAUGCGUUACAUUCCCAUUCGUGAUAAGAUCCGCGCCAAGUACAAGGAGUGGGAGAAGUUCCUCCUGCCCAUCGGUCGCCUGGCUGAGUACUCGUCUCUCAGAAAGCUGCAGCUUGAGAAGUACAGGAUACAUGACACGCAUUUCGACCGCCGACAGUGUGCUCCUCGCUUCGUUAUCCGACCACAGAACGCCUUCGCUUACGAGGGCCAGAGCGUCAAGUUCUCUUGCCGCAUCGUAGGCGUUGCUGUGCCGACGGUAUGCUGGUUCCACAACAACAUGGAGCUCCGCCAGUCCGUCAAGUACAUGAAGCGAUACUCUGGCGAGGACUACACCUUCGUUAUCAACCGCGUGAAGCUGGAUGACCGCGGCGAGUACAUCAUCCGCGCUGAGAACCACUAUGGCGCCCGCGAGGAACCCGUCUUCCUCAACGUCCAGCCCAUGCCACCAGAGAUCCCGCAGUACAGACCGCAGGAACAGAUCGUCCGCCGCCGCCAGGCCCUCAGCUACAAGAUGUGGCAGGAGGAGUCGGAGGGCGCCCCGAGCUUCACUUUCCUCCUCCGUCCGCGUGUGAUCCAGUGCCACCAGACAUGCAAGCUUCUCUGCUGUCUGUCUGGCAAGCCUACGCCCACAGUCAAGUGGUUCAAGGGCGCCAAGGAACUCACCAAAUCCGACUACACAAUGAGCCACGCCGACGGUGUGGUCACCAUAGAGAUCGUUAACUGUAAGCCAGGUGACUCUGGCAAGUACAAAUGCGUGGCCACCAACCACCUCGGCACCGACGAGACCUCCUGCGUAGUCAUUGUUGAAGGCUCUGGAGAUCGCACUGACGAACAGAACUCUCUCAUGAAGUCUAUGAAGUUCACAGACCGAAGGUACAUCGAGACGACCAUCAAGGACCUCCCUCCACCUCCGACCCCCGCCAUCAGAGUUGAAGAUUCUAGCUCUUCCUCCAGCUACUUCAGUUCCACACACAAGUCUGCCGCCACCAUCGCCGUGACCAGCAGUUCAUCAUCCCGACAGGAGAGCCGAAGCAGCAAAGUCGAGGCCUCCUCCACUUCCGUGUCCGCUUCCUCCACCUCCACGGGGGCCAAGAGACAACUCAAGCCCUAUGGCAAGAGGCAAGAUUCCACUGGCUCAACCUCCAGGUCUCGGUCCGCCACAAAGGAACUUGAGUUGCCGCCCGAUGAUGCCCUGAUGGGACCUCCAGGCUUCUCGGGAGAACUCCCCAAGAUGCUGGCAGUUAAGGACGGCGAACCUCUCUGCCUCAAAUGCACAGUGAAGGGCGACCCUGAGCCUCAGGUCACGUGGUUCAAGAACGGAGAGCCCCUCAGCUCGUCAGACAUCAUCGAUCUCAAAUACAAACAGGGUCUCGCAGCCCUCACCAUCAACGAAGUGUUCCCCGAGGACGAAGGCGAAUAUAUAUGCAAAGCCACCAGCUCGCUAGGCUCGGCGGAGACCAAAUGCAAGCUCAAGGUGACGCCCAUGGAGCAGCAGGUGAACGGCAAAGGAGGUCCGGGAGAUAAGAUUCCCAGAAUUACUGAACACUUAAAGUCCCAAGAAGUCCCAGACGGCACGCCGAUCACGCUAACCUGCAAGAUCGGAGGAGCUACCAAGUUCGACGUCGUUUGGUUGCACAAUGAGAAGGAAAUCAAGCCCUCAAAGGACUUCCAGUACGUGAAAGAAGGAGACAAUUACCUCCUGAAGAUCGCUGAGGUGUUCCCCGAAGACGCUGGUACCUACACGUGCGAGGCCUUUAACGACGUUGGAGAAACAUUCAGUACCUGCACACUAGUUAUUUUAAUUCCUGCCGAAGAAAAGAAGCAACCCGCCUUCAAGACCUUCCCUACCUCGGCGACCGUGAGCGAGGGCAAGUCCGCGACCUUCACCGUCAAAUUCGAGAAGGAACCGACCAAGGUUUCAUGGGUGAAGGACGGCAAGCCAGUCGAUGAAAAGUCCCCUCGCUACAAGUUCCAACAGGAAGGCAAAAAGGAGUUCUCGUUCGCUAUCCCCAAAUGCCUAACGACAGACGUGGGUCAGUACGUGGUGAAGGCUGCGGGAAAGAAGGGGGAGACGACAUCAGCCUUCUCUCUCAACGUCUAUACCGCCGAAGACCUGUGAUCUGCUCCACGCGCUCUCCCAGGCAUUGAUAGGACCAUAUGGCCGUGAAGUCACGUGUUCUCGUUUCAAUGAGUCCUUUACGUGACUGACGAACUCCAUGGCCACUCAGCAAGCAUAUGCUCGCUGAGUUGGCCCUAGAGCAAGCAUUUUCAUCGUGUUAUAGUUACUGUGUGCAUGUUCGCUUCUGUGCUACAUGUAUUUUUCCUAUGAGAUUAUUUAUUAUUAAUACAUUUAUUAGCUAUAGUUUCCUUUUGAGAUGGAAGAGAUAUGUCUGAUGCGAGAAAGGUUUUGCCAUCAUAUCAAAGAUUUCUGCACACACGUGAACUAGAUGUAUGUAUUCAGUUUUGUGUCCGAUUCACAAGCAUUGUAUAUUGCCCUGUAAUGGUGACUCCGUGUAUGUUUGCCGACGACUGAACCAGCCAGAUUGUGCACUCAGCGCGUCAAAAAGAGAUGAACUCUGCGCACGUCUGAUGGAUUGUUUAGCACUGGGUCGUUCUUAGAUCACAACAUAAAUACGUCAGUCUACUGUUCACAUCUUUUUAACCCUUUUGAUUCUAAAUAGUGUUUUGUUCAGAGCCUUUAGUUUUGCUGUAAUCUAACCUCAGAUGACAGGCAUAAUCCGUUAUUGUAUAGGUUGGAAUUGCACCACAACUUAUAUGACUAUGGAUUCUGCUCCUUAUCGCCUCGUUCCAAUUCUCUGUCUCUCGAAGUUCCCGCCAUGUUCUCGUCGUUGUACGUCAUCAGCCUAUGAACCAAUCACAUAGCUCCCUGCGCUGCUCCCCAUACUACGUCAUCAGUCCACGAACCAAUCACACAAAACGUCUCCAGUGACAUGGUAACAUCUAUGUCAGUUAUCUCAGCAGACUAGCGUAGUAUGGCGCUCAGAUAGAACAGACAUUAACUGUAUGAGAAUUGCCAAUGUAACUUGUAUAAGGCUUUUACGCGAGAAAUAUAUGUGAAUUUUAUUA